AACUUCAACAUUGAAAAGCAAAGAAUCCCAUAGCUGAAGACUACCCUUCUUGAGCAAGAGAAGACGAGAAAAAUCAGAAGAAAAAAAUGGGAUACAUACAGGAAGCACGUGAGAAUCACGUUAAGAAGAAAGUUGAAGAAGCAUUAAGAAGUAAAAUGAAACAAAAGGCAUUAAAAGGAUGUGAAGAAUUGACUUCAAAGUAUGCACAAUGUGCCUCUGGAAGAACUCUGUCUGUUGUUUGGCAAUGUCGUCAACAAGCUAAAGAAUUGAACCUUUGCCUUCAUCAAUUCACGAAUGAUGCCGUCUUGGAAGAGAUGAAGAAAGACUACAUGCUUCAACAAAAUCAAAAAGGGUAAGCGAGAAGCCGAACUUCACUAAAGUGAUGGUAUUCAAAACAAGGGAGCAUUUGAAUUUUGAAGUACAGUUAUGCAUUAACAUUGAUGGUAUCAUAGACAGACAGGUUCAGGUUAUGGUUUAUGAAUGUUAGGAUUAUAGUUGCUCGUAAGAGUGCCUUGAAAUUAAUAUGAAUAAUGGAAAAAGUUAUUUGGAUUUUAGUUUUUAA